GGAGGGUUUGGGGCUGGCUUUGGGGCCGCCAUUUUGUGUCCGCCCCCCACAGCCCUCAGGGGACGCGGGGCGGCCUCCGCCCAGCAGGGGGCGCGAGCGCGCAUGCGCACCCCGCUCCCCCCCCUCCCGCCCCGGGAGGGCCCCGGUAGCGGCGGGAGGAAGUGUUCAACAUCAAUUACAAUGUCUUCCAGCAAACCUCUGAAUGAGAAUGAAAAACCCAAAGGGAGGAAUCCAGGACUGAGGGGUGUGCAGACAACAAUGUUGUUCCGAGCUGUGAACCCCGAGCUUUUCAUCAAACCUAACAAACCUGUGAUGGCAUUCGGGCUCGUAGCAAUUACCCUCUGCAUGGCCUACCUUGGUUACUUGCAUGCGACAGCAGAGAAUAAAAAGGAGCUCUAUGAAGCAGUCGACAGUGAGGGGUCCAGAUACAUGAGGAGGAAAACUUCCAAGUGGGACUGAUGACGUAAGGAAGGAAAGAAGCAAAUCGUUCACAGAACUUUUCGAGGCAACUGCUGUUUUUUCAUCUGCCCACUAAAAUAAUGCUUAAAUAUCUCUGUUGGCAUUUAAUCCAAUUUAGGUGCCAUUAUAAAAUACUGUGCCUGUACAAAUAAAUUGUAAUUAUGAUAUACACACACAUAAAA